UUACGAAUGUAGAGUCACAGCUAAGGACGAACUAUUCAUAAUUCUUUCUCACUCACAAAACCUAACCCCGGCGGGUGGCAGGGUGCCUCCCCGCAAAUCUAAUAGGAGACAGUGAGACACAAUACCCACAGGCUGUCACAAGCCUCUACGAUGGCCGGAGGUAACCAUAACAAAAGCGCAUCCCAUGGCCACAAGAAACCCUCUUCAUCCUCAGGCUCCUCCCCUCAACCCAAAUACCGGUGGGAAUCCGAUAAGCCUCCCUCCGAUUCUACUAAAAAAUCUGGUGCUCCGAAGCACGGCAAAACCCCGUCUAACCCAUCCCCGAAACCCGCCCCGACCCCAAGCCCGGCCCAUCAUAAACCCACGACGAACCCGACCCCUCACUCCGCCCCGGGUCCAAUCCCCUCACCCGGAGCUUCGUUUCCCUUCCCGGACCCCACCGCUCUGGGCCCUCCGCCUCUGCCGGCAUACGAUUUCCACAUGCUGGAGCGGCGGACCAUCGUUCUCGCCGACGGUAGCGUCCGGUCCUACUUCGCUCUCCCGCUCGAUUACCACGAUUUUACACCUCCGCGGCCUCACAUAGACCCCGCCGGGAGGUUCUUACCGAUGGGCCGUGGGCCAGAAUUAGGUGGGUUUGAUAAGCGGUUCCCGCCGCCUGCGAGUCCCAGAGGGUUUAGUAGGCAUCGGGAUUACUGGAAUUCGCUUGGACUCGAUGGGCGUGGGGCCGCCGAGGGAUCAAUGAAGAGGAAAUAUAGCAAGGAGGAUGAGAAGGAUGAGUUCGCGCAGCACGGGCACCCGAACCGGCUUCCGUUCGGUUCCGCCAGUGACCGGGGCGAGUCUUGGGCGGGAACCAGUGAUUCGUUUGACCGGGGUGAUGAAUAUAGGGCAUUCAAGUACAUGAAGGUUGGUGUUGGUGAUAAUGUGGGUCUAAAGCACCUUGAAGUUGAUCAGAACGCGUUGAAGGCGGUGUUUCUUCAACUUGCGAAGUUAGUCAAUGAGAAUGCGAGUCAAAGGAAAAAUUACUUAGAGGAAGGAAAGCAUGGGCGGCUUCAAUGCAUUGCUUGUGGCAGGUCUUCAAAAGAUUAUGAGGACAUGCAUGGUCUCAUAAUGCACGCUUACAACUCAGAUAGUGCUGACUUGCUUCUGGAUCACUUGGGCUUACACAAAGCUCUGUGCGUGUUAAUGGGGUGGAACUAUUCAAAGCCUCCUGAUAGCUCAAAGGCAUAUCAGUUUCUAUCUGCUGAUGAAGCCAUAGCAAACAAGGAUGAUCUGAUUGUAUGGCCACCUCUGGUGAUUAUUCAUAAUACCAUUACGGGAAAGGCUAAGGAUGGGCGCAUGGAGGGUUUGGGAAACAAAACAAUGGAUAAUAAAAUUAGAGAUCUUGGAUUUGGGGGUGGCAAGUCAAAGUCUGUGUAUGGGAAAGAUGGUCAUCUGGGUAUAACACUGGUUAAGUUUUCUGGUGAUCAAUUAGGCCUCAAGGAGGCUAUGCAGCUGGCAGAAUUCUUUGAGAAAGAAAAUCAUGGACGGAAUGCUUGGGCUCGUGUAAAGCCCUUGACGUUUGGCAGGGACGACGAGAAAAACCCAAACCUUAUGCGGGUGGAUGAGAAGACACAAGAGAAGGCGAGGAUCUUUUAUGGUUAUCUUGGAACUGCUUCAGAUCUGGAUAAAGUUGAUCCAGAAACGAGGAAGAAGGUCACGAUCAAGAGCCGAAGGGAAUACCUGUCCAAGUAGAUUCUUGGUGACAAUGCAAGGUAGUGUUGUGUAUCCCAAUUUGUUGUUACUUAGUUCUAGGACAUCCGACCAUUGGGUCAUUUGAUGAUAAAUGGUUGAUGUAAUAUACUAACAGUUUCUGAUGUUGUAUGGCGUUUGGCCUCUUUGAAUGCUUUGCUGCUGGUUCUUCUUGGUAAUAAUGUAAAGGCAUUUCUCGGUCGUUA